AUGGCGAACGAGGGCGAACGGCCAACCUCCGCCGACAAGGGCAAGGGCAAAGCUGAAGAUGUUCGCGAGUUGAACGGCAAGAAGCCCCAGAAGGACGAGAAGGCCCCUGCUGAAGACAAGAAGAAGGAUGGAGAGCUCCCAGAAGAUGAGCUCAGUGAAGAAGACCAACAACUCAAAGAUGAGCUGGAGAUGCUUGUUGAGCGGUUAAAGGAGCCGGAUACCUCCCUUUACGGACCUGCUUUGGACGCCAUCAAGAACUUCAUCAAGACCUCAACAUCCUCCAUGACCGCCGUUCCCAAGCCUCUCAAAUUCCUUCGACCGCAUUAUGAUGAGCUUGCAGAGCUGUACGAGAAGUGGGCAGCGGGUUCCGUCAAGGACUCGCUCGCCGAUAUGUUGUCUGUACUUGGUAUGACUUACGGUGAUGAGGAGAAGCUAGAGACACUCAAGUACCGCCUGUUGGCCAAAUCCGAGGACCUUGGCUCAUGGGGCCACGAAUAUAUUCGCCACUUGGCGUUGGAGAUUGGGCAAGAAUAUCAGAACCGAUUGAACGCCGAGAAGGAAACACAGGAUCUGCUGGACCUUGCGCUUUCGCUAGUCCCCUACUUCCUGAGCCACAACGCCGAGGCCGAUGCCGUUGAUCUGCUGAGCGAAAUGGAGAUGAUCGAGGAGAUUCCGCGAUUCGUGGACGAGAACACAUAUUCCCGUGUCUGCUUGUACAUGGUCAGCAUGGUCAAUCUUCUCACCUAUCCCGAGGACCAGCAGUUCCUCCGCACUGCCCACGAGAUCUAUGUUCGCUACAACAAACUCUCCCAAGCCAUCGUGCUCGCUAUCCGACUGAACGACAUCGACCUCAUCAAGAGUGACAUCAACGCUACUGAUGACAAGGCUCUUAAGAAGCAGAUGGCAUUCCUGGUUUCACGGCAGCAGAUCUGGCUUGAUUUGCCUAUCGAGGAUGAGGAUGACGAGGCUCUCAACGACUGCCUGAACAACACCUCUAUUCCGAAGCACUUCAAGUCCCUCGGGAAGGAGCUCAACAUCUUGGACCCGAAAAUGCCCGAAGACAUUUACAAGACACAUCUUGAAAACAGUCGCGGUGCCGGUCUCACAAACCUCGAUUCGGCACGACACAACCUGGCUAGUGCCUUCGUCAAUUCGUUCGUCAACGCCGGUUUCGGCAACGAUAAGAUGAUGCUCGUUGAGGGAGAGAAGGGCCCAUGGGUGUGGAAGACCAAGGAUGACGGUAUGCUCUCGACGACUGCGUCCUUGGGUAUGCUGCUGCACCGAGACGUUGAGGACGGACUCGAUAAGAUUGAUAAGUUCACAUAUGCUCAGGAGGAUCAGGUUAAAGCCGGUGCUCUGCUUGCAAUUGGUAUCUUGAACUCCGGUGUUCGUCUCGACUCUGACCCUGCCCUUGCCCUCCUGAGCGAUCCCGACAACCUGGACGCUAAGAACGUACCAAUGCGGGUCGCUUCCAUCAUGGGUCUUGGUCUAGCUUAUGCCGGCUCCAACAAGGAAGAGCUCCUGGAGAUCCUUCUACCAAUUGUGGAAGACGCCUCGCUGGACAUGCAGCUUUCUGCCAUGGCAGCAGUUUCUCUGGGUCUUAUCUUCGUUGGAUCAUCAAACCACCAGGUCAGCGAGGCCAUUGCUACGACCCUGAUGGAUGAGGAGCGUCAGAAGCAGCUCAAGGACAAGUGGACUCGUUUUAUGGCACUGGGUCUGGCACUGCUGUACUUUGGUCGUCAGGAGGAAGUCGAUGUUAUUCUAGACAUCCUGAAGGCUGUUGACCACCCCAUGGCCAAGCCCACUUCCGUUCUUGCCUCAGUUUGCGCCUGGGCCGGCACCGGCACCGUCCUCAAGCUCCAGGAACUUCUGCACAUUUGCAAUGACAUCAUUGAAGAGAAGGAGGAGAACAAGGGCGACGAGCUCGUUCAGUCGUACGCUGUUUUGGGUCUCUCCCUCAUUGCCAUGGGUGAGGAUGUUGGCCAAGAUAUGAUUCUCCGCCAGUUCGGCCACCUCAUGCACUACGGCUCCAGCAACAUUCGUCGGGCCGUCCCUCUCGCUAUGGGUCUUAUCAGUCCUAGCAACCCCCAGAUGAAGGUUUACGAUACUUUGUCUCGGUACAGCCACGACAAUGACAAUGAUGUUGCUAUUAACGCCAUCUUCGCCAUGGGUCUCUGCGGCGCUGGUACCAACAAUGCCCGCCUGGCUCAGCUUCUGAGGCAAUUGGCAAGCUACUACCACCGAGACCAGAACUCUCUGUUCAUGGUGCGCAUCGCCCAGGGUCUCCUCCACAUGGGUAAGGGUACCAUGACCCUCAACCCCUUCCACACCGAACGCCAGGUUCUAUCACGGGUAUCGGCCGCCGGUUUGCUCACUGUUCUGGUGUCCUUGAUUGACGCUAAGCAAUUCAUCCUCGCCGAGCACCACUACCUUCUCUACUUCCUCAUCACCGCUAUGUUCCCUCGAUUCCUCGUCACCCUGGACGAAGACCUGCAACCCGUCACUGUCAACGUCCGAGUGGGUCAGGCCGUUGAUGUUGUUGGCCAAGCUGGUCGUCCCAAGACUAUCACUGGCUGGCAGACCCAGAGCACGCCAGUUCUCCUUUCAUACGGUGAGAGAGCUGAGCUGGAGGACGAGCAGUACCUUCCUCUCAGCAGCACGCUGGAGGGCUUGGUCAUUCUGCGCAAGAACCCCGACUGGGAAGUCCCCGAAUAA